CGUCUCUUUCACCAUUCUCCCAUUCCAGUACGCAGCGACAAGCAGAUCGGCCAUAGAGAGCGGUGCACUGUGGACCACUCGAGGUCGGGCAUCCUUGCCUCCAACCCGACAGCCCGUGCAGCUCAGCCUGAUCUUAUUCUCGCCACAGGCCAUCCGCCCACCAUUUGCGACCCAGGAACCUGGUGAUGCUCUUUCUCAUCGCUCGUCAUCCGACUCGACGUCUUUCAUUGAAUGACGGAUGCGUAUAACGUCAGUCAGGCCCAGUCGCCUUGGCUCGCGCCUUUCUAUGGUACUUCCGAGGCCUCUGCGUUUCGACGUUUCGCUCGCUUUUUCCGAUGCCGUCCGGGAGCGCUUCGGACGGGACUUGGCUCUCAUUGCUGGACGAGAAGAAACAACAUGUCAGGGAGUCAUUCGGGCCGGACUACAAAUUCCGACGGAUCGGCAACCGCCGCGCUUUCCGUAGCGCUCUGGAGAAAUUGUGCAGUAGGGAAAGAGAAUACCAACCGCCCCAGAUCCUCACUACCAUCGUGUCAUCCGUGUACCCCGUCGCUCAGUUUGCAAAAGCUAUUGACGAAUCCGCUCUCCAGCAUUUAUCAUCCGAAGAAGGCCUCGAAGGUCUUAUUUGGGACACUUCAUUUGCUCUCAUUGAGUAUGGAUGCAAUAAGUUAAAGACAGACCCCGGGCGGUCACCCAUCCGGCCACUCGUCCACAUCUUGGCUAGGCUCUUCAGGUCGUUCCCUCAAUUCUCAAUAGACGUCGUCGGGCAAUUUCCGGCCGACACAAAGGUUCAGCAGCCUCUGCGCGAAGUCUAUGACCAGUUUAUCGAGGCGCAAAUGGUUGCCCUGACGCAUUUGCGACAAACUGCUGAAGCGUCUCACGAAAGCCUGGAAAGCAUGUUGGAUCCUCACAUCGAUGCGACGAACCAGCAGCUUGAGAAAGCGCGAGGACUCCAUAGCCUCAUGGUCAAGCAAGCCGCGGAAGACCUCGAGAGGAAGAGGGCAGAGCAGAGCCAGCCAGGCCUCAAAGACCUAAGCCAGCUUCCAGAUCUUCUCCAUCCCCACAGCGGGUCUGACCGAGCAAUCCCCGUCCGGUUCAUAUCAAAGCGGGUCCUUGGUUGCGGCUCGUACGCGGAAGUAGACGAAGUGGCUGAGGCGUCAACAGGAGCUCUCUACGCCCGCAAAUGCAUCCAUAUCGAUCCCUCCAAGUCUGCGGGGCGCAGAGAAGAGGAGGUGAAGAAGGAGGUUGCGAUCAUGCAGAAGUUACGCCACAUGCACAUCACGACCGUUCUAUUCCACGCGAAGUUCGGCGAAACGUACAGUAUCUUCAUGACUCCUGUUGCCGACUGCGAUUUGCAAGUCUUCCUCAAGAGAUGCGCCGAAGAGAAAUUCCCCACGCGGAAAACCAAGCACAUGAACCGCUGGUUUGGAUGCUUGAUGGACGCCCUAGCCUACGCGCAUAAAUGCAAGAUAAAGCACCAGGACAUCAAACCAGGGAAUAUUCUGAUCAAGGAAAACACGCCAUAUCUCUCUGAUUUCGGCCUAGCUAAAGACUUCGCGUUGCUGGAUGAGAGCGCUUCACGGAGCGAAAAGAUCGAUGGUAGCGUCAUGUACCGCGCGCCGGAAGUGGAACCACUCAAAGAGCGUGGAAGAAAGGCUGACGUGUUCUCCCUCGGUUGCGUCUUUUCUGAGAUGUUCACAGUCACACAAGAAAAGUCAGUGGAUGACUAUUGCAAUGCGAGGGGUUCGCCGAUAUACAAGUGGUGCCUACCAAGCGUCAAAACGUGGUUGGAGCGAUUUGAGAGCAACAGCAAGUUGGAUGACCUAUUGAAAGACGAAAUUCUGGAGAUGAUGCAGGAGAAAGCGGAUGAUAGGCCCACUUCCCUAGAGGCUCUGAAUAUCUUUAAGCGCUAUAACGCCCUCUUUUGUGUGGAGAACCUGUAACUGGGUGGCACUCCAUCAUCCUCUUGUAACUACGCAUUAUACACUUAUGUACGGCCUUAGGCGCAUUGGGGGAACUAGUUGGGAUAUGGCUGAGGAGAAACGAUGGGCUGAAAACACAUUGGCGUUUCGGAUCGGGUACGUCGUCUUCGCUUUUGAGCGCUUUCGUAGCUUCUACAUCUGUUGGCGCUUAGGCAAGAGGCAUUCGGUGGUGCAGACUGGAGUCUUUGCCCUUGUAUGGAAU